AGGUUACAUUACAGCGUCAUUGGUGUACAGCCAUGGUUUGAAUGUUUUAAACAAAAAUACAUAAAAAAAACUUCUUAAAAUCUUUAUAAAUAAAAAUCUUUGUUUUAAAUCUUUGUUCGCAAGUCGGAGACGGAAGUCCACAGGCGGGAAUUUACCGGAAGUACAGGUCCACAUUAAAACAAAGAACAAAAACAACUAGGAUGUUUGUCUUGGAGACAAAGCGGAAGUGAGCGCGGGAUUUCUCUCUUGCCUCUACGUUCUCUCCGUAACCAAGGUAACGCUAGCUUCGUGUUGAUGCUAGCACGGCAGCUAACUGACCGAGCUACACGUAGCUGCCAUUCUGUCAACGCCAGUGAACGCAGCGCGUGUUGAGAUAGUUAAUGUUCAACAAUUGUACGAUAUUCCUGAGUGUGAGCUAAACAUUACUGUUACCAUGUUUGCUGACGAAGACCUGGACUCUGUGAGCGUCCAGUCUACGUGGAGGAAAUCUCAGCAGUCGGUGCAGGAGUCGAGAGGAUGUCAGACUAGCAUGGUGCACAGUGCUGAGGCAGAGGUCCAGACAACUUUGGUCACCAUCGGCAGUACCCAGACAGAGCCACAGUACCAGACGACAGAGCAGCUCCUCCAACAAAAUCAAGACGAGCCAGAGCCGCCUGGUCUGAAGGAUUUCUUGCAGCGGGUUGAGGACAUAGUUAUCAGAGAGCUGGUCAGAAAUGCCAGGAGCCAUGCUUUCGAUGGGUUCCAGGUGAACUGGGAAGAUCAUAGUAAUCUGGUUUCAUGCUUCCAUUGUCUUCAACAUCCCAGCGCUGUAGAGCGAGGUCUGAAUGUAACCAGUCUGUCCUGGAGUUGUACAGGUUCAGUUGUUGCCUGUGCCUACGGCCGGGUUGACGAUGGAGACUGGAGCACUGAGAGGUCGUACGUUUGCAUGUGGAACCUGGACCGCCGAGGUCUGAACCCCAAACAAGCUGAUCUGGUCAUAGAUGUUCCCACUGCAGUCACCGUGCUAUGUUGUCACCCCAACAGGCCUGCCCUCAUCGCAGGUGGUCUGUACAGUGGAGAGGUGGUGGUCUGGGACACCAGUCGGACUCAGGACCCUGUUCUGGUUCAGAGUGGGAUGUCAGCAGACAGCCACAGAGAGCCUGUUUAUCAGGUUGCUUGGGUGCCUCUGGAGAAGAAAGGAGAGUUUGGGGUGCUGAGCGCCUGUUCAGGAGGAAGGGUGCUGCUGUGGUUGGUGGACUCAGACCAGGGCAGGUUGAUCCUGAACGCUGCCUACGCUUUAGUACGACAGCAGCUUCCUCACAGCAGCAGCAGCAGCUUCAAGGCCCGAGGCAGCAGCACUGUGGGUGUCACCACCCUGGCUCUGUCCCCCUGGGACUCUGAUACCUUUUUGGUGGGCUCCGAGGGCGGCCUGCUGCUCAGAUGCUCCUUCUCCUCCCAGACGCCAGCUGAAGCGCCCUCCGAAGGCCAGAGUGUGACGCCAAGAGCCCCGGCUGUCUUCUCAUUCAGGGCUCGCAGCGGCCCUGUCCACUCCAUACACUGCUCACCAUUCCACAGGAACCUGUUUGUGAGUGCAGGGACUGAUGGUCUAGCCCACCUCCACUCUCUGCUGCAGGCCAACCCGCUGCUCUCCCUCAGGGUUUCAGACUCCUACGUGUUUCAGGUGCAGUGGUCCCCAACAAGACCGCUGGUGUUUGCUGCCGCCACCGGACAAGGUGAGGUCCAGAUAUUCGAUUUGGGUCGCAGGUCUCAGAGGCCGGCGGCCACCAUCGAGCAGGGGGGCGUGGGCCAAGCUGCCACUUGUUUGGCCUUCAACAGUCAGAACCCUCACCUCCUGGUGGUGGGGAAGAUGGACGGGACAGUCGGUGUUUGGCAGCUGAGUGCAGAUUUGACGGAGCAGAGCCCCAAAGAAAGCAGCCAACUGGAGCAGAUAGCCAAUCAAGUGGCAGGAUGAGACUGCUAAAGAUUUGUGUGAACUGUGUUUUAAUGGUCACGUCAAAGACUCUCAUUCAACUGUGGAAGUGAAAUAAAAACAGAGGAGAGGUU